UUGUAACGGGAAAUCGUGCUUUUAGAAAUCCAUCAAUGAAUAAUAAAAAUUUAUUGCAACAAUUGGUGAUUCAAAUCAAUGGCACGUUUCUUAAUGCAAAUACGCCCGAAUUUCUAAUGGUCAAGAUUAUUCACUCAAAAUGCGAUAUCUUAGG